AUGGGCGACACCUCCAACGCUGCCGUCGACGCACGGUCCAUCGUAUGGCUCGAAAGCUUGACAGAGCAGCAAAAGUCCGAUAUCCUCAACUCGACUCUCCUGGCACAACUGUCGGCGGAUGCAAAGUCCCCCGUCAGCGACGAGGAAAAUGCGAGCGAGUGGCACGACAAAUAUGUUCAAACACUCAGCAGCCUUGGCUGGGUAGUCACGAAGUCAGCCUCUUCGGACGUCGAACAUAGUCUCGUCGGAGAAUCCGUGGCAGAUACAAUUCUCAGUGCGCUCAGAGCCGACGAGAACGCCGAUUCAGACAAGGAGCUACAUGAGUCUGCGGCUCGGGCGGUCGAGUUGUUGCGCCCCGGAUCCCAUCCCGAAGCCGAGAGUGUUCUUAAUGCAGCGUCAAUCUCUUCGUCGGCGCAGUAUGCAGGAGUACAGCUCGCUAUUGCAGGGAACGUCAACGAUUCUCCGUCCUUGACGAUCUUCAGCUACUUCUACUCUUCCCCCGACACCAUCACCACCGCGCUAUGGCAUCCGAUACAAGAUGGAGCUACGUUCAGUAUCAAGCAAUUUUUCGUCCAGAUCGCACUGAACGAGAGCGUGUAUGAGAGAGUUAGGGAGGCUGUCGUAGGGAAGCUUGAGCGGGUCGGCGACAAGAUAGUUUCGCUCUGA